UCAAAAUAGAAAAAUGGCACAUUUUUAAAUAUACCAAAGCAAUUUUUAUUUUUUGGAAAAUGUCUUUAGUUCCAUAUGAUGGAAGUGAUAUUAGUGAUAGCGAGGAAGAAGCUGAAACAAACAACUUACCAGAGACAGUUGAACAGAAAUCUGAAGCUGUACAAAAUACAGAAAUUAGUAAUGGUAUUUCAAAUAAUAGUUUGUUUAAUUUACCAACUCCAAAAGCAGCUUAUUCUGAAAUUAUAACAGAAGAAGAAAAUGAUGAAUUUCUUCAAAAAAAACCUGAAAAAAACUUACAAGAGAAAAAGCCUGUGAAAAUAACUAUACCCAGCCUGUCACAAUUUGAUGAAGAUGAAAUUUCAAAUAAUAUACCUUUUAAAAAAUUUCGACCUGCAAGUACGAAAGGGACAGGAUUAUUUUCUAUUUUACCACCGCCAAAAACUGGUAGCAAUACAAGCUUAGUACCUCAAAGUGUUAAAAAACCAAAACCUGUUCAAACACCUCUUGUGCCUCGUGCGAUUAAGAAACAAGUUGAAGAGAAAUUGAAACAAAAGAUUGAUCUUAUUUCUACGAAAGAUCAAACAAAUGGUGUUACACAUGAUGAAGAUGACGAUGAUAAUGAUACUGGAACAGACUUUUUCUCAUUAGAUAAACCUGAACCAGAAUAUUACCCUGAAUUACCGGAAGAAGAGGAUAAACAUGUUGAAGUAGUUAAACCCAGUGUUGAGCCUAUGCCAUCAGCCUCACAAUAUAUUCCACUGGUAGCUAAUGAAGAUGUUAGCCAGUUUGAAAGUAAUCAAGUCGUUGAUAACCGAUUAGGAUUAGAUGAAGCUGCUUUAAAAGCCCUGAUAGGUUCGAAAGGCAAAAGAAAAUUGGAAACAGCAUCUGCACAAAUUCUUGAUUUACACGAACAUGAUAUCAAACCUGAUAACAAGGAAUGGUAUCAAAAUGCAUUACUACAAGGUACUGGUCCUGAAGAACAAGAAGCCGUUAAAGCUGUACCUGGUGGAAUAUUAAAACGCAAACAUCAAAUAACGUAUUUGGCUCAACAAGCCAAGGCUAAUGAACAGCAAUUAAAGAACUUGUGGGCACAAAAUCGUGCUACACGUCAGCAAACACAAUCGAAAUACGGUUUUUAGAAUGUAAUGUUUACAUCUCAAUAGAUCUGUCGCAGCCAACUGUCUUAAUUGGUCGUUCAGUUAACAGCCUCGCCUUUCUACUAGUGGCCUAAACAAUAUUUAAGCAAACGGCUAGGUAAAUGGCUUAGAUCGAUAACGUUUGACUAUUUGUCUAGCCUAGUUAUUUAAAUUUAGUUACACUUUCGGCUACCUAGUGCUGAAACCCACACACUGUCAAUAUGGAAUUAACAAGGCACAAUAUUGUUGGUGUUUCUCAUAGUUUGAUUGCGUGAGGCAAAAUAAAUUCAAUGGAAGAAUGUGGGGAUAGGAAAUUGGUACUAAGUAUGGUAUUGUGUUUUCACGGAAAGAGUUUCAGUACUCAGAUACAAACUAUGGCGACGGAAUUCCAAAUAAUCCAAUUUCUUUGAGGGAUAUUGUGGCGAGUCAGUCACCUUUUGAUGACCAGGGAUUCCAAAAAUGUAGUUGUACGCCUACUAGGAAGCAGUUUCGCAAUAAUAGAUGUUUUUGUUUUAAUAAGAAAGUUCUUUUUGGAUCCAAAUAUCAUGGAAGUUUAACUUGCGUUAGCAAAUAAUAUUUUAAUUAUUUACAUGUGUACUUUGUUAUUGAGAUGAGCUAUUUGAUCUCAUGAUUAUUAAAUAAAAAUAUGUUAUAUUUUAAAUUACAAAAAAAAACCAAUUUCUAAUUUCAGAUAUUUCAUAUUUGUUUCAAAUGAUCACCCUAUUGUACAAAUGACCUAAGCAUCAACCAGCCAGUUCAUUAAAUGUUUAUUUAUUAGACGCUACGGCGGAAUAUAAUUGAGCCACUAGUUGAAAAGCGCUGUUUAGUUAAAAAGGCUGGGCUGCUUAUUAAUUGACUGCGACAGAUUGAUAUCCAUCACGAAAAAAAAUAAUUGGUAAUAAAUACCGCAUAAG